AAUGCCUGCGGCUUCGAGGUCCAAGCCCUACACACCCCAGGCCAUACAGAAGACCACAUGUGUUUCCUCAUCACCGCCUCCCCACUUGACCCAUCCGAAGUCGGCUCGAUCUUCACCGCCGACAACACCUACGUCGCCAGCCUGGGCAUCAUGAAAACCGCCGUCUCGAACUCCGCCCAUACAACCGUACGUGCCUUCCCGGGCCACGGCGCCGUGAUACCGGACGCCAGAGCGAAGAUCGCGGAGUAUAUCGAGCACCGGCAUAUGCGUGAGCAGGAAGCGCUGAAUGUGCUGAAGUACGGCACGCCGAGCCCGCCGCCGGCGGAGGAGGGCAGUGAGGGUUCGGCGGGUGGGUUGGAGGUGGUGACGGGGAAAGAGUGGGGGAGUAUGGAGAUGGUGAAGGUGAUUUAUAGGCAUUAUCCGGAGAAUCUGUGGGAGCCGGCGGAACGGGGGUUGUUGAUGGUGUUGGAGAAGUUGAGGAAGGAGGGGAGGGUGAAGAAGGGGGAGCAGGGUGGGUGGGUGCUGCUGGAGCAGGCUGCGUUGUAG